AUGUUGUUUCAUAUAAGCAGCACUGACGUUCGUUGUGUUGUGGAGCUUCCCCCGGGAAAAUUUCCUUCUAUUGCAAAUGGUGAAAUGGCUACCUUUUUAAAAGACACUAUGGCUCCUCAGGUACCUCCAAAACUCCGCAAAAUAUUUUUAAAAGGGAUCGAUGAGGGAGAAGACAAUAUAAAAGCGAUGCCAACAAAGAGAAUGGAAGCUACUUUGAGUGAGAAGAAAGGAGUGAUUGUGUUGGGAGACGCAUUCAACAUCCGUCAUCCAGGAAUCUCUUCUGGAAUGAUGGUUGUAUUGUCAGACAUUCUCAUCUUACGCGGUCUUCUCCAACCAUUGAACAAUCUCGGUGAUGCAAACAAAGUCUCAGAAGUUAUCAAGUCCUUUUAUGUUAUCCGCAAGCCAAUGUCAGCGACAGUGAACACUCUAGGGAAUGCAUUUCCUCAAUUGCUAAUUGCAUCGACGGACAAUGCAAAAGAGGCGAUGCGACAGGGCUUCUACGAUUACCUCUCUAGUGGCGGCUUUCGCACGUCCGGCUUCAUGGCUCUUUUUGGCGGCAUGAACCCUCGUCCGGUCUCUCUCACCUAUCAUCUAUGCGCGAUUACUCUAUCCUCCAUUGGCCAACUUCUCUCUCCAUUUCCCUCUCCUCUUCGCGUUUGGCAUAGCCUAAGACUUUUUGGGGCGGAAGGGAUUAGCCAAAUUUUGUCUCCAGCAUACGCAGCUGCCUAUCGCAAAAGCUAUAUGGCCACAACCGCUCUCUAG